AUGACUCUAUUCAAACGUUCUGCUAAAAAACCUCGAGUGCGCGCUCAUCAUAUGAGCGAUGAGACAGUCAAUGCCCAGGGAGUAGGCGGUUCUGCAGCUAAGGCCGCCGGAUGUGGCAAUGUCUCGACGAUGCUAACGCUAGGUAAGGCGCUGCUUAUAGUUAGCAAACCACUGUGUAGCAGCUCCGAUGGCAGUGAGAAGAAGAAAAAGGCUCCGAAGGAUCCUAACAUGACACUCUCUCUGUUCUGCGGUGUGUCGCGAUCCAACGGCGCGACUGAUGGUAAAGCACCACCUACACGGCCCAAGACACCGCCUAAGGAAAAAGAAAGCAGUUCGUUCUGGCCCUUUGCCGAAUCCGCUGCAAAGCCUGAACCUAGUGUAGCGACGCCUCCUCCGAAAGCCGAGGCCAAAGUCCCCUUAAAAUCAGCUAUGAAACCACAAGCUAACUCAAUUGGCCUCGUUACUAAACCAGCACCUAUUAAACCCACUAGCACCCGUGCGCCAAAGCUUCGCGAGGUUCCUGAACUUGUUAUCCAGCCGUAUUGGCGGCAUAUGGAUCCUGCUGACGAUCUUGAUGUUGAAGAUCUUUUACACGUUGACAGCGAUGAGCACAAAUCAGAGGAGCAGUCAGUGGGGGAAGGAAGCUCAGCAGAACUGCCAUCCCCAGCGCCUUCUGACCAGCCCGACGGAACUGACGAGCCAUCCGAGGCCAAAAAGACCAAAAAACUUAGUAGCAAGCAGCGGAAAGCUCUGAAGAAAAAAGAAAAAAACGCCGCUAAAAAGCAGAAAUUCACUCCGCCAGAGUUCAUAAAAGUUUAG